AUGGCUGCAGCUACGACAAACGGCGACUCAUCUACAACUCUAGAUGAGUUGAAACCUCCUUCGGGCGUGGUUCUUCCGCCUCGUGAAAUUCGAAACAUUCUCGAAAAGACUGCUGGUUACGUCGCAAGAAACGGUGCUAUAUUCGAGGAUCGCAUUCGGGAUAAGGAGUCGCAAAAUCCCAAAUUCAGCUUCUUGAACCCGGCCGAUGCGUACCAUGCCUUUUAUCAGUGGCGACUAGAUGAGGUCAAAUCUGGUCGAGGCACAGAUGUAGCUGCUGGCCGAGUAGGCGAGAGUGCGGCGGUUGAAGCCGAAAAACCAAAAGGGCCUCCGAAACCCCCUGAUUUUGAAUUCUCGGCGCGUAUGCCACGUAUCAAUCAGAAGGAUCUGGAAGUUAUUCGACUCACGGCGCUUUUUGUUGCCAAGAAUGGGCGACAAUUUAUGACACAGCUCGCCCAGAGAGAGGCGGGCAACCCUCAGUUCCAGUUCCUCAUCCCGAAUCACACCUUUCACAACUUUUUCCAGCACAUUAUUGACCAGUAUACCACUUUGAUACGAGCCGGUGGACUUGACGGCGAAGGCGGCAAGCUGCAGGAAGAAAAGACGGCCGAGCUGGAUCGCAACGUGAAAGACAAAUAUCGUAUCCUGACUCGAGCCAAACAACGAGCCGAUUAUACAAGAUAUCAGGAGUUGGAGCGUCAGAAGAAGGAGGAAGAAGAGGAAAAGAGCAAACAAGACUUUGCUCGUAUCGACUGGGGGGACUUCGUCGUAGUCGAGACCAUCACUUUUACCGAGGCCGACGAGACAGCGAACCUACCACCCCCAACCAACUUGUCCGAGCUUCAGUACGCCUCCCUCGAGGACAGAAACAAGGCUUCCCUGAGCGCAUUGCGUAUCGAGGAGGCUAUGCCGGGCGAAGACUUCGGCGUUGGCGCUGGUCCUGCUGUUGCACCUGCAUCCGGCCCCGUCCACCCAGGCUACGGAGCGCAGCUACCAGCACAACCCUACCCGCAACCCGGCCAAAUGCCUACUGUGCAAGCAUACUCCAAUGGAUACCAGGCACAAAGAUCUGCUCAAGAAGAAGAGGUAUCACGCCGUAUACAAGAACGUGCCGACGCCCAAGCGCGUGUGCAGCAAGCGCAGUCAGAGGCUAGAGGUGGUGCACCUCCAAUGAAGAUUAGAGAGAAUUACGUGCCACGGGCGGCACAGCGAGGCAAGCAGGCAGGCCAGACUGCUCUUUGCCCCAACUGUAAACAGCAGAUCCCAAUCAAUGAGCUUGAAGCCCAUAUGCGCAUUGAACUGCUGGACCCCCGGUGGAAAGAACAGAAAGCAGCGGCGGAAUCCCGAUACUCGGCCACAAUCACUGGAUCUGAAAUCGCACAAAAUCUUAAGCGACUUGCGAGUCAACGGAACGACGUGUUUGACCCGGCAACUGGCCAGGCUUUGUCGGAAGAAGAAUUGGCGAGGAGGAAGAAGGCUGCACUGAACCCCACAGAGACACAACAAGACAGUAGACCGCAAGCGGUGAAUUCACAAAGUGUCAACGUUGAGGAGCAAAUUCGAGCUAUUCACCAAAAAUUCGCUGGCGAAAGGAAGUAG